AUGGCACAAGGUGGUGGUGGUGGUGGUGGAGGUGGAAAUGGCGUGAAGAAGAACGAUGACGACGAGAAAAGGAAGUCUUCUCAUUCUCUGAGAGAAUCUUUGCGACUGUUGGACGAGUCACUCCGGGGAAAAACGACGAAUUUCUCGACGAUUUUGGUGGCGUCGUUGAACGAUGAUGAUGAUGAAGAAACAAAGAGAACCUUCUUCAAAGCGCCGUCGUCGUUAACGUCUGCCAUAGGCGACGCGCAAGAGAAGCAACAAAUAACGUCCGAAAACGAAGAACCGAAAGUAAAAAACAAGCAGGACUAUUUGCAAGACGAGAUGCAACCGUGGGUGAAACCCGUCGGAGCCUCGUUGGCCGAUCCCGAACAAGGACCGUUCAUCGCGUGGUGCGAAGAACACUUUCGAGAGGUGACGACUGAAGACGCGAAAAAGUUGAUUCCGAGCACGAGUCAACCGAAAUUGGAAGAAGAUCCGGAUUUCUUGACGCUGCCGGUGAAGGAGAGGAGUUACCACGAAGAAUGGGAAGAGAUGGAUAGGAAAAUGAAGGAAAUGGAGGAGGAAAAUAGACGGCGGGCGCGAGAAAACGCGCGCAUAGAAUCCAUCCAGUCCAAGCAGAAAAAGAAACAAAAAUCGAAAGAACACGGAACGAAACAGAAAGGGUACGUUGCCGGAGCGAAGACAGUGAACGAUGACGCGAAGUUUAUCGUCACGCGAAUCUCUCCGAUUGCAGAUUUGAAGGAGAUCAAAGAGUAUUGCGGGGUGUGUUUCGACGGCGAGUCGUACGAAGAAGAUCCAAUCAUUUUUUGCGAAGGAUGCGAUGUUGCCGUGCACUUAGCGUGUUAUGGUUUACAGAAAGUACCGGAAGGCGAUUGGAUGUGUCGCGCAUGCUCGACGAGAAGUUCCAAGACGGUGAAGAAGCAAUGCUGUUUGUGUACGUGCCCGGAUGGCGCGUUGAAACCUACGCGAGAUAAUCGUUGGGCGCACUUGUUCUGCGCGCAAUGGAUUCCAGAACUCUUUAUUUCAAAUACGAAAGCUAUGGAACCGGUUGAGAAUAUGAAUAAGUUAGUUAAAGAACGUUUAUCGAUGAACUGCGUGGUUUGCAAGACGCGAAACCAAGGCGCUUGCAUUCAGUGCGCGUACGGGAACUGCACGGUUCCCGUGCAUCCAAUGUGUGCGGUGCAGACAGGCAUGCGAAUGGAAGUUAGAACGGAUAAAAAGAAGGAAGAGGUUGUUGAUUAUCGAGUGUACUGCGAAAAGCACGCGGCAGUCCUCGAUAAGGCGGCAAAAGUCGUGGAACAACGGCAGCAACAGGACGAAGGUGGAACGAAUCCGUCUGGGAAAGACGACGAUCGAGAAGAGAAGAGCAACAAGAAAGGGGAGGACGACAACGACGACAACGACGACGACCAAGAAAAAGAGAGCGAAAAAGAGAACAACAAGAAAGGCGGCAACAAGAGCGCGAGCGCUUCGCCGGCAAAGGUAAUGAAACCUUCGUCAACUCCGUCCAAAUCAGAGAUUGCGACGCCAGCGGCGGCGCACAAGAACGACAAAUCUGCGAAUGAGAAUUCAUCUUACCGAGACGAUAUGGUAUCUCCGAUGUCUCCAAAACAUGGUCCGACAGAUGCCGUUAACGAGCACAUGGAGAAAGCUUUAGAAUUCCCAGCACCGGAACUUCCAUCAGAUAUCAAUGAAUUUCUGAUGGACGAACGUCAGGAUGCGCAAAUCGCCGUUUCGAAAAUGAAAGCUGCCGCUGCGAACAAAGCUGCCGGCGGCGGCGGUGGUACUAGCUUAGCCGAAAAAUGCAUGAUAUGCAUCAAGAUGAAGAAAGGAACGUCGUGCGGCACGCCAAACGCUCCGUUGAAAUGCUUGCGUAGGAAGGAAAAUAUAGAAUCGCUUCAGAAGGAGAUGGAGAACAACCUCGGGAUGAAAAGUCCGAGGUCGGAGAGCAAGAUACUCACCCCGAAGGAAGAGCUCGAAAGACUGAACAAACACAAGCACUUAUUCGAGAAGUUUGCUCCAGCAGAUGAAGUCACGGCUGAACUUCUCCGCGCGCAAGCGGCUUUAGCGAGAGUUGUCAACGUUACCCGAACGAUGGCGAACGAGCUCUUGGAACGCAUAGAGGCUGAUCAACCGAACGUGCAGAAGCGCUUCGAAAAGAUGGAAAGGACGGUGAGAGACGUCGAGGCGUAUGAGAAUCGGUAUCGAGGUGGACGCUGGCGAGUUGAGAAACUUCGCGCCGGCGGACAACUCCCCGCCUUGGCGGAUGGGGGUGAUGGCUCCUUGGAAAGCCUCAACGCCUCGGGCGCGCUCGUCGAUCCUUUGUGUACGAUAGUGGCUAUGGAGGAUGCGCUGUGUUGCGUGUGCACCGGCGGUGAAUCCGAGCCACCAAAUGAGAUUAUGUUUUGCGAACGUUGUGAAGUCGCCGUACAUCAAGACUGCUACGGAGUUGGUGAAAUUCCAGACGGCGAUUGGUUAUGCUGGCCGUGUCAAAUUGUCGAAGACCGCGAGAGAGAAAUGAACGCGCCAAGAACUAGACCUCCAAGAUACAUGCGCGAGGCUGGCGAUGGUUUAAUGUACGAUCCGAGAGUGAAGUGCGAACUUUGCCCUGUUAUGCGUGGAGCUAUGCGCGCCAUGGUUCCGGCGAAACUUUCGAGUCCACUUUCAGAGAUGAAGAAAUGUGCGUCAAUCCCGAAUUCUUCCCCUCGCCCGGGAACUACUUCAAGCACGCCUGGUGGAAAGGUGGAGGUUAAGAUGGAAAAUGUCGAUGUAAAAGACGUCGCUAUGACAGAUGCCGAGCAGCCUGAAAUGGAGACACAACAAGACACGCCGAUGAAUAGAACCAAGGAAGAAAUGGUUUCGCCCGCUUCCCAAAAGCUGUCCGCUCUUAAAGACGAUGCGAAAGCGCUUGUGAAUCAAACGCCGAAGACCGAUUCUCCGGCUAACAUGCGUCCGCACAAGCUGAAAUGGGCGCACGUUGUCUGCGCAAAGUGGAUGCCGGGUAUAUCGUGCGAUUUGUUCUCCAACGAGCCGGAAGCUAUUCGCGGCGAAGAGUCUGUCCCUUCGCGAUUGCUCCAAGCGACGUGCUCGGUGUGUAGUAGUAAAGAAGGUGCAAAAGUCCAGUGCUCGAAGGAAGGCUGUCGCAUGUACUUUCACCCGCUCUGCGCGAGACGCGCAAAUUAUUACAUCGAGUACGGUCCGCAAACCGAAGGCACGCCGGUUGGACACUAUUGCAAGAAUCAUUCGACGCAAGCUAAACGGGACGCCGGCCGAAAGAUCAAGCCGAGUAAGAUUAAGGGAAUUGCUACGAAGGGAUCGUCUUACGUCAAAUCUAGCGUCAAGCGACGACCGCCGACGGCUGAGGAAAUCACCUUGCUCAAACGCGCGAGAGUCGGUUUGGAAACUUUGCGUUUACUUUGCGAGCGCGUGAACAAGAGAGAGAAAAUCCGCCGGGACGAACUCGAAUCACUCGGAACGCUUUGGAAAGCUCAAUUGAACGGCCAAGCCAGUGGCCCGGUGUUGAAGCCGGGCGAGUUAGAAGCCGCGGAAGAUCACGGUUUCAUUCGCCAGGGUCCAGCUGUUGUUUAUCUCACCUCGACUUCCAUGGAAGAAGUCGCUCCGAGUGUCCCGCCCGGUUACGAACUCGCGCGCGAAGAGAGCAUCAUGUGA